CUUGUAUUCUUCUCAAGACAUCUCUUGAGCUUGCAUCUUGCCCUAUGCUAUUGCCCACAGUCUACAAGAAGCUAGCUAUCAUUCUGCCACUCUUAUCUUCUAUCAUCUUACUACCAGGUAAUUACUUUUAAAAAUUACAAAGAAGCAAUGGCAACCUUUGGUUACCGGUAUCCUUGGAGUACUAGUAAUACUCCAGACCAUGUCCAUGCUGGUUCAGCACCCAUUCGAGAUUUUCAAGCCAUUCUGGAUGCCAGUACUCGCAUCGUCGAGUUGUCCGACUCUCUGCAGCAACCUCACCAUAGCAGUAUUGAAAGCGUCCGGUGUCUGAUUCAUGAGUCCUUUUCUGGACGAUUGCCUUCGGAAGUACUGGUAUUCUUUGAAGCGCUGGGAUCCCGACCCAAGCUACAGAAAUUGUUUUGGAAUUUUCAUAGGCGACAUUAUGCUCCGCUACCCCUGCAAGCACUCAGUCUGUGUCUCAUUCAAGCAUCACGACUUGCUCUGUUGGAAGUCUGUGGCUUGGAACUAAAUGGGACCAACAGUGACUUUACCACUCUGGCCGCAUCCAUACAAAACCAUCCGUCCUUGGAAGAAAUCAAAAUAUCCAAUUGUCGAGUGCCACCGGAACAUCUUGAUCAACAACAAGAAUAUCCAUUGGAUGCACUCGUACAGUCCAUGGCCACCAUUCCACAUCUCCGACGCAUCGUACUGCAAUCCUCCACACAAGAUUCACUCGGGAAAUUAAGGCCAGAAUCCAUUGCCUUGCUAAUGACAACCAGAGCACACAAUCUACAAGCCAUGGGGCUACUCGGGUUCUCCUUUCAAGAAAAACACCUAGUGGCGAUAUCCAAUGCACUCUGCUCUUCAUCAUCAUCAUCCUCUCUCAAAGAAUUAUACCUUGGCAACAUUCAGUUGGGAAGCAAGGGAGAUUUGGCACUCGCACGCAUGCUGCGACGACAAGAAGAAUCGUCAACAACACACAACAAUACUGCAUCGUCUCUGGAAUACCUAGACUUGCAGUUUCAACCACAUGAAUCGCCCAUUGAGAUUGCACGCUCCCUACCCCACAACACUACCCUCAAGCACUUUUUCGUUCAUGGAAAUCUCACACAAGUCAGUCAACAAGCCUUUGCACACGCCAUUCAACAAAAUUAUCAUUUGCAAAGUUUGGAACUCAUGAAUGGAAGUCCGUAUCUCACCGAGAUUCGAUUCUACCUCAAAAUGAAUGCUCUCGUGGGGAGAGCCGAACUUUUGUUGGAGGAUAACGACAAUAACAACCACGGUAGUAGAGCCAAGUGGGUCGACAAACUCGUCUCGCAACGGGAUGAUCUCAGUGCCCUGUUCUAUUUACUCUCGAGGAAUCCCCUCUUGUGUUGUGUUCCCAUCAGUUCCAUCAGUUCGACCGCGAGAUGAACUAACUGGAGUGAUGUGAUGAGCCAGCUUGGUUGCGUCUGCAGAGCCAUGCCAUUCUCAUAGUUCCCUACAUGGGACUAAACUACAGGAUAUAGAA